AAAUGAUUCAUUCCUUAAAACCAAAGAAGAGAUGCUCAUCAAUUUGUUAUGAACAUUAAUUCAUUUUGAUACCAAAAUCUAGUGAAUGUUGGAUUAAGUCAUAGAUCACUCUUGAUUAUUGUCCUGUUUAUAAUGAGUACAUGUAUUACAUUACAAAAGAUUCACCGGAUAGUUUGAAAACAUAGUUCCUAUUCUGAAUUGCGAUAGAUAGCCCGGACUCCCUACAUUCAUCCUAGAAUAUGAUAGAACUCAAUAUUAAUUCAAUCUAGAGAGAUAUUAAUAAGAACAUCAAUUGAAAAUUGAAGAAUAGAAAGUCAAGAAGAUCAAAAUGGUAUUAAAUAGUUAUAUCAUAUUUAAGUUAGUUUCAAAGCCUGGCAAAAAACAUAGGUAUUGUGGAGUCUGCAAAAAAAAUUACGAAGAAUAUUUAGAUGUAUGUUGACUUUUUAUCUUAUUUUAGCAUAUCCAAUCCUAGGAGCAUAUAAAUAAUUUUAACAACUACAGAAGUGUCAAUUUGAUAAGAACUUUGAUUCAGGGAUUUUAGAAUGUCAUUAAUCACGAAUUCUCAGAUUAAAAAUAAUCCAGCAUCUUGUUUUGCGAUUCAAACACCAAAAUUCCUAUGAAUAAAGAGAAUUUUGUUGCUUACUUUGAUCAAGAAAGAAUUGGAGUUCGAUUCCAAAAGCAAUAGAUUAAGGACAUUCCAAUACUUGAAUAUAAAAUUCCAAGUUCUAAGAGGGGAAGACCAGCCAAAACCAAAUAGAAGAAAGAAACCAUUAAGAAAGCCAAGGUUCAAGAAGAUAUUCCCAUCAUCCCCCAUUACUAACCUAAUACGUAUUUGGACUACUAUUAUUUAUAAUAAUAAUACAUGUAAGCCUAGCAACAAAUUUAAAAUCAACAACAGUAAUACUUAUGCUAUCCAUAGCCUCAAUAAUAGUACUUCAGAGACUGUAUAAAUUAUUUUUAUAUUUUAGAGAUGCAGUAUUUUAAUUAAAAUGCCUAAUUGGAUUUAUAGUUUUAUUAAAGCUUAAUGUAAUAGCAACAACAUUUCUUAUAAUUAAAAGAAAUCGAAGAACGAAGAGAAUACUCUGAUCGUUCUUCCCUAUGGUAAAAAUUGAUUUAAUUAACAAAUUACUAACAACCGACUCAAAAUGAAAUAGUUUAACUCUUGCAUAGCAUCAUAGAGUAAUACGAAUGCAAUCCUCGCAACAAUCAAAAUCUAAAUCAUAAUAACAAUGAUUAGUAAUUUUAAUGA